AGUCUUGUGAGGGUUUUGAUGGUUUUCACCGGGCAUUUUUCAUUUCUGUAUUUGAUGUCUUGGGCGAGCCUCUAGAUUUCGGAUUUGUGCGGUAAUGUAGCGUUCUGUAAUUCUUUGCAGCUUUUGGAUGAGGUGCUAUUGGAACCUAGAGGGAGCCAUUGCUCAGUAAUCGGAAUGCAAAAGAAACGGAAUGAUCAACUUCUAACACAGGAUCAUCUCAAUCUUGCGCUCCCUCCUUCGCAAGAUCCACUUGUACACGUGGUGAAACUAAACAGUCUCCUCCCGCAAGUUUCUUUCUUCUGUGCAGUGGCAACGUUCUGCCAAUCACAGUGACUUCAUGAAAUACGUCCCGUGUUUUCAAUAAUUUUCCCAACCUCCUGGCCCCUGGUUCGCUGUCUCCGAUUCAGUGACACGAAGUGAGGACCAGCUGAGUAAGGCAGUGAGCAGCGCUGUCCGCACCUUCCCUGGCAGCCCCGAUGCGCUGGCACAACGCAAAGCCGCAGUCCACAGUAGCCGCUUAACUUUAAAGCGAAAACCGGACAAGUUUCUGACACUUUGUGCAAUGGAUUACUUCCGUGGAACAUUUUACUUUGUCUUUAUAUUCUUUAUUCGAGCUGAAGGCCUUUAUGUAGCCCCGCGUGCAGAGUUACUUCAGAAGAAAUUAACGAGCUACGAGUUGGUGAUUCCACGCAGCUCAGAUGUUCAGGGCAGGUUUCUGUCCCUCGCUGUGUCAGCAUCUGGCAAAAGACGUUGGAAACGGCAUAGCGGGAGUUCUCAGCAAGCUCCAGCUGACGGACAGUUGUACUAUAAUGUCACUGUGUUCGGGCAGAAAUUUCACCUCCGGCUGAAGCUGAAUUCGAAGCUGGUGGCACCUGGGGCGACAGUGGAGUGGCAAGACACCAAUGUCACUCGCAAGGAGCCUCUGCGUGGGGACUGCGUUUACUCCGGCGAUAUCGCUGAUAUACCGGGGACUUCGGUCGCCAUCAGCAACUGCGAUGGGCUGGCUGGCAUGAUUCGGACAGACAAGGAUGAAUUCUUUAUUGAACCACUAGAGAGAAACAAAGUGGAGGAGGAGGAAGAAAAUGGGAGAGUUCAUGUGGUAUAUCGGAGGUCAGCUACCAAAAAACCACUUCCUGCAUCAAUCAAUGAUGUCCUUUUAAAAGACCCUGAGCUGAGUGGACUGCGUGAUCUUGAAGCCUUACACAAAGGUGUUGAGCAACAGGUGAACAGAACCAAGCGGGUGCGAAGACAUGAUAGAGAUGAUGACUAUAACAUCGAAGUUCUUCUUGGAGUUGAUGACACAGUGGUGCGAUUCCAUGACAAGGACCACGUGCAGGAGUAUCUCCUGACCCUAAUGAAUAUAGUUAAUGAGAUUUACCAUGAUGAGUCUCUGGGAGCACAUGUCAAUGUUGUGGUGGUGAGAAUGAUCAUGCUGGGUUAUGAAAAGUCCGUUAGCCUGAUUGAAGUUGGAAAUCCCUCUCAAAGUCUGGAGAAUGUGUGCAGAUGGGCCUAUUCCCAGCGGAAGUCUGAUAUAAGUCACGCAGAAUAUCAUGACCACGCUAUCUAUCUAACAAGGCAAGAUUUCGGUCCAUCGGGAAUGCAAGGUUAUGCUCCAGUUACAGGUAUGUGCCAUCCAGUGCGAAGUUGCACACUGAAUCAUGAGGAUGGCUUUUCAUCUGCAUUUGUAAUUGCUCACGAGACUGGACAUGUGUUGGGCAUGGAACAUGAUGGCCAAGGGAAUCAUUGUGGAGAUGAGAUCAAAAUGGGAAGUAUCAUGGCACCCUUGGUUCAAGCUGCAUUUCAUCGAUUCCAUUGGUCACGGUGUAGUCAACAGGAACUGAGCCGAUACCUACAUUCCUACGACUGUCUUCGUGACAAUCCAUUUGAACAUGAUUGGCCUUUGCUUCCACAACUUCCUGGCAUUAACUACUCUAUGAAUGAACAAUGUCGUUUUGACUUUGGAGUGGGCUAUAUGAUGUGCACAGCAUUCCGCACCUUUGACCCCUGCAAGCAGCUGUGGUGCAGCCAUCCUGAUAAUCCAUACUUCUGCAAAACUAAGAAAGGACCUCCGUUAGAUGGGACAAUGUGUGCUCUUGGCAAGCAUUGCUUUAAAGGUCACUGCAUUUGGCUAACUCCCGACAUACUACGGCAUGAUGGAAAUUGGGGGUCAUGGAGCCGUUUUGGCUCUUGCUCUCGAACCUGUGGAAUUGGUGUCCGUUUCCGCACCCGACAGUGUGAUAACCCAUUACCUUCCAAUGGCGGCCGAGAGUGCUCAGGAUCGAGCUAUGAGUAUCAACUUUGUAAUACAGAAGACUGCCCAGAGCAUUUUGAAGACUUUAGAGAACAACAGUGCCGGCAACAAAAUAACAACUUUGAAUAUAACAACUACAAGCAUGAAUGGUUGCCACACGAGCACCGCAACCCCAAACAGAGGUGCUUCCUCACCUGUGAAUCUAAAGAAACUCGGGAAGUUGUCUACAUGAAGAAAAUGGUGCGCGAUGGAACUCGCUGUUCCUACAGUAAUCGCUAUGACAUUUGUGUUCGAGGUGCUUGUGUGAAAGUGGGCUGUGAUAAAGUGCUGGGUUCCAAUAAACAGGAAGACAAGUGUGGAGUAUGCGGUGGAGAUAAUUCUCACUGCAAAGUCAUCAAGGGAACUUUCUCUAGAGCGGUGAAGAAAUCAGGUUAUCUGAAGAUGUUUGAAAUUCCAGCUGGAGCAAGUCACCUGUCUAUUCAGGAGCUAAGUGCAUCUCCUCAUUUCAUUGCAAUCAAGAACCAAGCCACAGGAUAUUUUAUAUUGAAUGGGGAGAACGAUAUUCCUGAUUCUAAAACCUUCAUUGAAAUGGGAAUAAUUUGGGAGUAUUCCAAUGAUGAUGACAAGGAGUCUUUACAAACUGUUGGACCCCUCCGUGAUGGAAUAGUAGUGCUGGCAAAGCCUGUUGGUGAUACCAAACCAUCUCUGACUUAUAAAUACACAAUUCAUGAGGACUACUUGGCCACUAUGACUAAUGAAGUUUUACAAGAAGAUAUGGCUACAUUUGAAUGGGCUUUGAAGAGAUGGUCCCAGUGUUCCAAACAUUGUGGAGGAGGUUCUCAGUUUACGCGAUAUGGCUGUCGCAGGAAGGCUGACUCCAAGAUGAUUCACCGAAGUUUCUGUGAUGCAAGUAAAAAGCCAAAGCCAAUCCGUAGGAUGUGCAACCUGCAUGAGUGCUCGCAGCCCGUGUGGAUUACAGGGCAGUGGGAGGCAUGUACCAAAACCUGUGGCAAGUCUGGGUAUCAAAUCCGUACUGUGCGAUGCGUUCAACCACUUCACGAUGGAACCAAUCGCUCGGUGCACAGCAAAUAUUGCAAUGGGGAUCGGCCUGAGACUAGAAAACCCUGUAAUCGAGAGCUUUGUCCUGCACAGUGGAGUAUAGGGGCUUGGUCACAGUGCUCAGUAACUUGUGGAAAUGGAAUACAAGAGAGACUGGCCGUAUGUCGGACAAGGGACAAUAUAGUCGCACAGUGUGAAGAAGAAAAGCCAGAUACCAUACGCAUAUGUAGAAUGCCAGCAUGUCAUAAAAACUCCUCUCAGCAAACUUCCUCCAAAAGAAAGUCUGGAAUCCAAUGGCUCUCACGACCAGAUCCACAAUAUCCUAUUCAAAAAGUUUCGACAAAAACAAAAUGUCAUGGGGACAAGUCAAUUUUCUGCCGUAUGGAUGCACUUUUCCGCUAUUGCUCUAUUCCUGGCUACAACAAGCUUUGUUGCAAGUCCUGCAAUUCACUGUCUCAACAGAUUACAAAUAAGGCCAAUAUUACUGAUUCCCUGAAGCGAGCUAUACCAACCACGUUACCCGAGACCACAAGAAUGCCGAGGGUUGUUACCUCUCACAAAUUAAAUACAACACGAGACAGUCCUGAGAAAAAUGCAGUUGGGCAGAUGCACAAGGGAAAAAGUGGUAACAGUAAAACUCCGAGACACAAAAUUAUAAUUCCAAGACGACCAAAUAUAGUCAGCAACCAUAGACUCCAGUUUCUGCUUGACCAGAAAAUAAAGGAAAUGCUGAACAAUUCCUCGGACAAAGAUGUUUUACCUGUAAAGGACAACAGCUUACCUCAUGUGGAGAUUUGAGCAUGGAUCAUUUGGAAUGAAAAACAAAGGAAAAUGUCAUAAAGUGGCUCAUCCACGAUAUGACCAGAAACUGGACUGGAAAUAAAUGGCAGACUGUAUUCAUCAAUACAUUUCUAAUGCAAACACUUCUAACUUUAGUAAUCUCUCUUGUAAAAUGGAGCACGAAGCAUAUGCCCCACAGCUUUGCCAAGCAGCAAACACAAUACAACACAUACAGAACAAGUGCACAUCCCCGUGUGCCCUCUCAUCCUCCCAAUAACACAUACAAAAUCUUCAUUACUUUCUUUUAAAAAAAUACUGGCCGAGUAUUCUCACUGCCGACCUCUUCAUUGUAGCUUGUUUUUGCAUUACAAUUUUUGGAAAUUGCAGUAAAUUUCCUGAUUAAUGGUGCUUUAGUUUUUUUUAAACCUACGUUUUGUUUUACUGGCACAUAAGAUGGGUGGUCCUGUGUCUUUUGUACCCAGCAGGAACAUCUCUGAUUCUGGUUCAAAUUGUGACUAUGAGAACAUAUGAAGUAAAAAAGAUACAUGUUAUAUUGUAAACAUUGAUGGCAUAUGUGCAGAGUAUCCUUUUGGUGCAGAAUUUUUUAGAAUUCCUAACUUUCAAAAUAUAUGGUGCUAAAAUUAUGUAAAUUUCUCAAUCUGAACAAAUUGAAGAACAUGAUAAAUAUGUAAAAAAUCCAUGAUAUUUAUACAUGGAUGCUUUUACAUAAUAAUUUGCACUACUUCCUACAUAAUACUAAAUAUUUUUGGUAUAAAUAGGUUAUUCCAAUAAGCUAUAGCACCCUACUGAGAGACGAAAGCAGAAAGGCAAUUCUGCUGUAACUAUUAUAAUUAGCAUAUUUUCAUACAAAUAAAAAUUUCUAAUUUGAAUUUGCCCACAAAGAUCACAAAGUUAAUCUGCAUUUUCAGCCUUUCCUCCAUUUAGCUUCACAGAGCUGAUAAUAUGCUAACACUUCUCCUAUUCUAAUGAAGAGAAACUAGAUUUCAGUAAUUAGAAAACAGUUACACAAUUUAUUUCUUUUUUUUUUAUAAAUCAGUGUGAACAUUUCUUCUGGCUAUAGUCAAAAGCAUCUUAUCAAUUUCGUUGCAAACACAAAAUAGUCUGCAGAUGCUGGAAAUCCAAAGCAAUACACACAAAAUGCUGGAGGAAUUCAGCAGGUCAGACAGUAUCUGUGGAAAAGAGUAAGCAGUCGAUAUUUCAGGUUGAGACCCUUCUUCAGGACUAAUUUAGUUAUCUGAUUAGCCAUACCCUCCAUAGGCUAAAAGCCGCAUUAGAUCUCUCUAGGUUACUCAUACUUUUGUGGUAUUGUCACUGCUUCUAAACUGGUUUCAGAACAAAAUGAUCAUUAUCAGAAAACAAAAAAAAACAUAUUUUCCUUAGCUUUGUUCCUCUGCUAGGCUAUUAUUUGAAAAUCAAUUAAGUCACAUGGUAGAUGAAGAAAAAUUAUAACCAUCUGUAUUCUACAUUUAAUUUGUAUUCUUAUGAAAACAAAUUUAAUGUCAGAGUAAAAAUGGUGAAUACAGGUUAAUAAACCUCCUAAAAAAAACAACUAAGAUAAUUAUCCAAAUUUUCCAGGAGUUCAGGAGCAUUGAGCAGCCACGGGAUUUUACUAAACAGAUAUGAUAUGCUAAGAUUUUCCAAAAUUUGGGUCUGUAUUUCUGGAUGAGACUCUGCAUUAGAACACAAGACACACUUGAAAAUAAACCCAUUUUUGUCUGAAAUAUACUGAUUGCACAUAUAUUUACUGCAUGGUGGUGUCUUAAGUGCUUUUCUGUAGUUCAAAGCAGCAUGAAUGACAGAUUGGACUGGAAAAACAGAAAUUCCUCACAAUUCACUUCAAAAAUAGGCGUAUUCUAAACUGAAUCCGGUCUCUCUUCAAUCACUCACUGAAAUCCAUUGGUCUAAUCAGCUUCAUAAAAUGCCAUUUCUGACUAUUUCAUGGGUUACACAAUAAUAUUUUCUUAACCCUCGGAUUCCCGAUAGAAAAAGAACUUGACAAACUGAGUAUGUCAUAUCUUUAACAGAUAAAUGUUCUGUUGCAUACUCAAUGCAGAUGUUGUACUCUAAAAAGUAAAAGCGCUUUAUAAGUUGUGCUUUAUUGUGCUUCUUUGCAAUGUUAACUUUCUCAUUAACUACUGGCCUUUACACUGUAUGUAUGAACAGCAUCACCUGCACCAAUUACACUUGCAAUUACUACAGCAGCCCCACUGAAGAGUCUCUUUUGUACAUUAUUUGUAUAUAAGAGUUAGAAUCUUUAUUUUAAUAUUUAUUAAACUUGAACG